AUGGCUAAUGAUAUGGUUAGGUGGUACAUGGAUGAUGAUGAUGAUGAGGACGAUGUGCUUAAGCCAGAGAGAUUACUUCAAAGAACAGAUCGAGGUGCUGGAUGGCAUCAUGUUCAGCAGUUUAUGCACGGGUCAGAUGAUGAUCGAUACUGGCCAUUUUUUAAAGAUUGUAUUGGAGCAUUGGAUGGAACUCAUAUCUCAGUUCGCCCACCGAAGCGAAAUGCCGAAGCAUACAGGGGUAGAAAACAGGAGCCGACCAUGAAUGUCCUUGCUAUAUGUAACUUUGAUAUGAAGUUCAUAUAUGCUUUUGUGGGUGUCCCGGGUAGAGCACAUGACACAAAGGUAUUGACUUAUUGUGCGAGGAAUGAGCCCUUUUUUCCACAUCCUCCAAAUGGAAAGUAUUAUUUGGUUGAUGCUGGAUAUCCCACAAGAACAGGGUAUCUUGGUCCGUAUCGUAGAGUUCGGUAUCAUCUCGAUCAGUUCAACAGAGGAGGACCGCCAACGAACACUCGAGAGGUGUUCAACCGGAGACAUUCAAGCAUGCGAUCUGUGAUUGAGCGGACAUUUGGAGUGUGGAAAGCAAAAUGGAGAAUUCUUGACCGUAGGCAUCCAAAGUAUGGUUUGAUCAAAUGGAUAAAGCUAGUAACAUCAACGAUGACUCUACACAACUUCAUACAAGAAAAAGAAGAAGAUGGUGAUGGUCAUGGUGGACAUAUUCCAUAUGAGCCGACUGGUGAUAGAGCCAUGGAAGGUUUACGUGAUCAUAUUGGUAAUGAGUUGAGUAGAGGAUAUCGAUUACCUUACUAG